UAAAAAAAAUUUCUUAUCCAACAUCCAAAAGAAAUGCGAAAUUUUGCAAUCACACAAACGUGGAGAAACUGUGGCUCGCAUACCUAAAAUAUUCGUUAGCUAUUCUAUACAAUGGUGCAUAUCGGCCCACUUCACCGAUACGGACAUACUAUAAAUAGCAGAAGCAGUACUUGCUUCUUCGAAGUUUAUGCCUGAAACCUAACAUAGCAAAAUGGCUCCUGUUGCUGUUGAUAAAUACGACGCUUCUCAAUUCCAAACUGCCCAUAAUAGCAAAACCAAGAAUGGGGCAUUCACCGUGAGUGAAAAGAACCAACAUUUAUCAAAGUAUCCAGAAUAUUUACCAACGUGGAAUCCUUCUCAGAAAUUCCCUCCGUAUAAAUUUCAAAAGUAUUACGAUCAAGGAUUGCUUGCUGAUUCCAAAUUGUCUAAUUUGUUCCCAAAAGAUGGCGAUUAUCAAGUCAAGAAAUUAACUCCCAGAUUUGGGUCUGAAGUGAGUGGGAUCCAAUUAUCCGAAUUGACAAAUGAAGCCAAAAACGACCUUGCUAGAUUUGUAGCCGAGAGAGGGGUUGUUGCAUUUAGGAAUCAAGAUUUCAAUUCGAAAGGACCGGAAUUUGCCAUCAAGUUUGCGGAAUAUUUUGGUCCAUUACACAUUCAUCCAACAUCAGGAUCUCCUGAAGGGUUCCCACAAAUGCAUAUAACUUUUAGAGGGGCAACACAAGAAGAAAUUGAAACUCCAUUCAGAUCAAGUACAAACAGUAUUUCGUGGCAUUCCGACUGUUCUUAUUCCCUUAAUGGUCUUCAACUUACACUUUUUUCAUGCCUUCAAUUACCUGAGUCUGGAGGUGAUACUUUAUUUGCCAACUGUGUGGAGGCAUACAAGAGAUUAAGUCCUGCCAUGCAAGAGAGAUUAGAAGGUUUACAUGUUCUUCAUUCUCUGAUUGAACAAGCUGAAGCUAAUAAGAGAGCCGGUGGGAUUACCAGAAGGGAACCCGAGGCCAACAUCCAUCCUCUCAUUAGACAAAACCCAGUAACCAAGGAAAAGUCAUUGUACUUGAACAAGGAAUUUGGCCGGAAAAUCGUGGAACUAAAACACGAAGAAUCAGAUUACUUGUUAAAUUUCUUGUAUGAUCAUGUUGAAAAAGCUCAUGAUCUCCAAGUGAGAAUUCAAUGGAGUGAAAAUACCGUUGUAUUAUGGAAUAAUGCCACCACGGUUCAUACCCCAUGUGUAGAUUUUAGCGAGCCGGUUAUCAGACAUGCGUAUAGAAUUAGUGUUAUGGGAGAACGUCCUGUGUCUGACGUGAAGUAUCUUAACGAUGAGACAUACUUGCUGGAUAAGUAUGAAUUGCUAGGUUUAUAAAAAGAAAAUUUCAGUAUCUCUGUUAUUGUGUAUGCCCUUAUUGUAGUUACAAGAGACUUUCUAUUGCUUCCUUUCAAGUAUGAUGUAUAACAUUGUUGGCUAGGCUUGUGUGAUACGC